CAGGUACUUAAGAAAAGUGCUAUAUUUACUCGACUUUGCUUCAUGAACGAAGAGAAGCAGCAAGCGAUCAAAAUUUGGAGGUGGGAAACCUUCUUGGUAGCGCAUUGCAAUCUGGACUGGACAUACUCAAGCUAUGAAAGCGGGACCCAAACUUUCCUAAUCUUGCUAUUCUUAAGAUGGAUUCAGACGUGUUCUAGAAGACCUUAGUAUUCCUUUUCGAACCAUAGGACGAAUGGGUCAGAUCACGUGAUAGAUGUGAAUUUCCAACUUCGAGUCGCCAAGAAACACAACGGUUACCGCAAGUAUAUAUGGUAAAUGAC